GUAAGACAACUCAGGACGAUUCUGCUAUGGAAGAUUCCGAAUUUUCUUCAAUUUCCAAGUCAAUGAUAUUAUUAAUUAACAAGGUUGUAGGAUCAUUAGGUGUUGACAAAAUCUCAUCAUCAUUAACUUGA